UUUUUUUUUUUUAUAUGUAUAUAUUUAUAAAUCAAAAUAUAGCUGAUUUCAUUUAAAUGCAGUUUAGUUGAACAAGGAAGAUGAAGGAACUUGUCCUUUUAUAUCACCAUGGACGACUUGUUCCUGAUUACCAGCAUCCAUCUUUUGAGAACUGGGUGGAUCUGAAGGACAGACAGAUCACUGAUGGAGACGUGUCUUUGAUUCUGAAGGAUGUGACCACUGCUGAUAGUGGAACAUAUAAGUGUCGUGUCAUCCAGAGAGGCAGACAACAUAUGAAGCUCAUCAGCAUCAUCUACCUCAGGGUUGGUCCUCCAAAAGGCCGUGGUGUAGAUCCUGUUUUCUUCAACACAGCGGACUCUGCAGCAGAGGUACCUGACUCACAACAGGACACUCUUACAGGCACAGAUCACAAAAUCAUCACCGCUGUGUCUGGACAGGACGUCACUCUGACAUGUCCAGCUCAAGCCCACAUCAUCAUAGUUGUAGAGUGGAGCAGAACUGACCUGGAAGAUGAAGAACUUGUCCUUUUAUAUCAGCAUGGACGACUUGUUCCAGAUUACCAGCAUCCAUCUUUUGAGAACCGGGUGGAUCUGAAGGACAGACAGAUAGCUGAUGGAGACGUGUCUUUGAUUCUGAAGGAUGUGAGACAAGAUGAUGCUGGAACAUACGAGUGUCGUGUCAUCGAGAGAGCUGGAAAACCUUUGAAGCUCAUCAGCAUCAUCAACCUGAGAGUUGGUUCUCCAACAGGCCGUGGUUCAUUCAACACAGUGGAUGGUGCAGCAGAGAUACCUGACUCAAAACAGGACACUCUUCCAGGGCCAGUGAAUAACACCUCUCCUCCAGCUACAGAUCCUUGUCUCUGUGUUGCUCUGUGUACCUGGCCUGACACGGAGGAAGUGCAGCCGCUACUGGGCCUUCUUUACCAGCACGUUGGUGUUGUGGGGCCAGGUGAGAUUGGCAGAGAUGUGGGUGCCUGA